GGGGGUCACGCGAGGCGCCCCGAAGGGCUCAGAGGUGGCACGGUGCCUGUGGAGCUGUGGUGUGGAGCUUUGUGGUGAGGAGCUGUGCGAGGCUGUGUGGCUGUGCUGAGGAGCUGUGCGAGGCUGUGUGGCUGUGGUGAGGAGCUGUGCGAGGCUGAGCGCGAUGCUCGCCGCGCUCCGCCGUUGGGUCGCCGCGAGGCUGCCUAAGCCCAGCGCGCGGAGCGCGUGCAGGGCGAGGCGCCCCGCGGGGACCGGGCUGAGGGUCCUGGCCGCACACGCGGGAGCCCCGCGUGGCUGGGCUCAGACCGCGGCCUUCAGCUUGCACUGCAGCAGCUGCAGCAGCACCGCCGAGGCGACCACGCAAAAAGGCGUCAACAGCUUCUUGAGACGGACACAUACAUGCGGCGAGCUGGGCUUGGAGCACGUGGGUCAGGAGGUCACUCUGUUCGGUUGGAUUCAGUACCAGAGAAACGCACAGUUUGUGGUGCUGAGGGAUUUCCAAGGACUGACCCAGCUGGUGGUACCCGAGGGAGAGGCAUUCUCAGCCCUCAGGCUGUGCCUGUUUGAAGUGCCCGUGGAGUCAGUGGUGAGUGUCAGCGGCGUCGUUCUCCGUCGUCCGCCUGGGCAGAGCAACCCCAACAUGGCGACAGGGGCGGUGGAGGUGGAGGUACAGGGGGCGCGCCUUCUCAACCGCAGCAAGACUCUCCCCUUCGAAAUACAUGACUUUACGAAGAAAUCGGAAGCCUUGAGAAUGAAGUACCGCUACUUGGAUUUGCGCAGCAGUCAGAUGCAACACAACCUGAGGACGCGCUCGGACAUGGUGAUGAGGAUGCGGGAUUACCUCUGCAACAUCCACGGUUUUGUGGACGUGGAAACUCCGACGUUAUUCAAGAGAACACCGGGGGGGGCGAAGGAAUUCGUGGUGCCGUCCCGGGAGCCCGGCCGCUUCUACUGCCUGCCGCAGAGCCCCCAGCAGUUCAAGCAGCUGCUCAUGGUGGGGGGGAUCGACAGGUAUUUCCAGAUCGCAAGGUGCUACAGAGAUGAAGGCUCAAAACCGGACCGGCAGCCCGAGUUCACACAGGUGGACAUCGAGAUGUCAUUCGUGGAGCAGCAAGACAUUCAGAGGCUGGUGGAGGGCCUGCUGGUGCACAGUUUGCCCAGGGGCUUGAUGGGCACGGCACCUCCGUUCCCCGCGCUUACGUACCAGCAGGCCAUCACGCUAUAUGGCACCGACAAGCCCGAUACCAGAUUCGACAUGCAGUUGGUGAACAUCAGUGAAGCUCUGCGCAGCACCCAGAUCUCCUUCUUGCAAGCGGCACUGGCAGGGAAGGAGUGCAGCGCACGUGCCCUGCGUGUGCCGGGCGGCAGCGAUUUCCUGAACCGUAAAGAUCUUGAAAUGUUCAUGGAUACGGCGCAGAGCCAGUUUGGCCAGAGGGUGAAUGUGAUAGCAGUGAACGCUGACGGCACUUGGAAGUCUUCUUUGGCAAAGUUUGUAUCGAGUUCGGAGAAGGAGGAAAUAUCUCGACUCACCAGGGCUCAGCCAGGAGAUGUCGUGAUCGUGGCUGCAGGAAACACACACUCUGUGUGUUUGGCGCUGGGACAGCUGCGGCUGAAAUGUGCCAACGUCUUGGAAGCGAAGGGGCAAGUGCUGCGUAACCCCAAGGACUUGCGCUUCCUGUGGGUUGUGGAUUUCCCUCUCUUCCUGCCACGAGAGGAAGAUAGCAGCAGCGGCUCGCUGGAGUCUGCUCACCACCCGUUCACAGCUCCACACCCAGACGACGCAGACCUCAUUUACGCCAGGCCUCAGGAUGUGAGAGGUCAGCACUAUGACCUGGUGCUGAACGGCAGCGAAAUCGGCGGAGGCUCCAUCCGCAUCCACGACGCCGCUCUGCAGAAGCACGUCCUGCACGACGUGCUCAAGGAGGACGUGGAGCUGCUCGGGCACCUGCUGGAGGCGUUGGAGUCCGGAGCGCCGCCUCACGGCGGCAUCGCCUUGGGUCUCGAUCGACUGGUGGCCACCGUCGUGGGAUCUGCCAGCAUUAGAGAUGUCAUCGCCUUUCCCAAAUCCUUUCGCGGUCACGACCUUAUGAGCGGUGCCCCAGAUGUAAUUUCCGCUGAGGAGCUGGCACAGUACCAUAUAAAGGUUAACUCUGAAAAUGGAACCGGAGUCGGGCGGUGACCAUCGCCGGUCUAUAACGCUAAGGCCGCUGACAGGCCAUGUGUGAUAGCCACAAAAAGGGUACGGAGGAAAAAGUUUUCAAGAUUAAGGUAUGCAGGGCUGGGGAAAUUAGUUGAGAUGGCAAGCAAGUUGUGAGUGCGGUGAGGAAUUUGCAGGUAAACCAGCGCGAGAUGCACGCGGACACUCAAACAGUGGAGUUGAUGAUCCCCAAAGGGCGACGCAAUUCAGAUUGGCAACACUAGUGAUGGAAAUCAAACCAGCACUUGGCAGAACUCGACUCAGAACCGGAAAUGCUAUGGGAAGGAUUUAAAAUGGCUGCAAUUAAGACAGUGGCACAGGUGUUAGGUCUACAUCGGUGAAAAGGAAGGAAUAUUUCAAACAACACAGGGCAUAGAUUAGGAUAAUACAUUUGAAUAAUUAUUGGGCUGGCCACUAAGGAAGAACUAGAGAGGACUCGUGCCAAUUUCCACCUGAAAAUUCACGAAAGCAGAAAUGGUUGACUUAGUGGCAAAACCAUGACAACACAUCUAUAGCAUGUUUUCUCCCUUGUUGCAGAGGUUUCGUGGUCCCAACCCGACAGGACGCCCUGGUGAAUAUGGCUGGUGUGUAAACAGUGGACCAUUUAAUAAAUCUGAUGUCAUUCGAAGAGAGCAGGGCCACUGUGUACUGCCAUCGUGGUUAAAAUUAGCUAAUUUAUCCACAAAUUACGAAAUUGGAAUUAUGACAGCGCACAAUCACCCUCAACUAGCAGACUAAUUUCAGUGGAGGGGGGGUGGCCAGUCCGGUAAUGAGUUACCUGCCACACACGGGCAGCUGCCACUGGGGGUUCCCUUUCAAAUGUUUGAGAUGGAAUGUGAUGUCAGGCACUUCGCGUUGCUGGACCAUGCCAGCAAGCGCCACAUCAAUGUAGAGGUGAUCAUUAUUAGUAUUUUUCUGUUUAGAUGUGAGAUUUAAUUGGAUGAGUUGUUUUUUUAAAGUACAUUUUUGGUAUGAGUUGAGGAUGGCAGAGGCGCUGAACAUGCUGAACAAUGCUCCCAUAUUUAUCCUCCGCCCUUAGCUUGGAACUUCUGAUACACGGUUUCUAGAUGGGUUUUGUGGUUUAAAAUCGGGCAAAUGUGGGCUAUCUUUCACAGCUUAAUUGCACUUUGUAAGGCCUUUUUAAUAAUAAAUGUACAUACUGUAACAAAA